AUGUUGGAAGAUGGGAAGAAAUUUGGCCGGAGCGGGCAGUUCGCAGUUGUCAGACGAUGUAAAGAGAAGAGCACUGGCAACCAGUAUGCAGCCAAGUUCAUCAAGAAACGCCCGAGUCGGGUCAGCAGACGGGGCGUGAAGAGAGAGGAGAUCGAGAGGGAGGUGGACAUCCUGCAGCAGAUCCGGCACCCGAACAUCGUGGAGCUGCACGACGUGUACGAAAACCGCACAGACGUGACGCUCAUGCUCGAACUGGUGUCUGGAGGAGAACUGUUUGAUUUCUUGGCUCGGAAGGAAUCUCUCUGUGAGGAGGAGGCCACUCAGUUUAUCAAGCAGAUCCUGGACGGUGUUCACCACAUCCACUCGAAGGGGAUCGCUCACUUUGACUUGAAGCCGGAAAACAUCAUGCUGCUGGACAGGAGCGUCCUUCUGCCCCGGAUUAAAAUCAUAGAUUUUGGAUUGGCGCACAAAAUCGUGCCGGGGGCAGACUUUAAAAACAUCUUUGGCACGCCUGAAUUUGUUGCUCCAGAAAUAGUCAAUUACGAGCAGCUGGGACUGGAAGCAGACAUGUGGAGCAUCGGAGUCAUCACUUAUAUACUUUUGAGUGGCGCGUCGCCUUUCCUCGGCGACACAAAGCAGGAAACGCUGGCGAACAUCUCAGCCAUGAAUUAUGACUUCGAUGAGGAGUUCUUCAGCAACACCAGCGAGCUCGCCAAAAGCUUCAUCAGACAGCUGCUGGUGAAGGACACGAGGAAACGGAUGAAGAUACAAGAUGCCCUGAAUCACCCGUGGAUUACGCCUCUGAACUCCAGGCAGGCCAUGGUGAAGAGGCUAUCGGUGGUCAACCUGGAGAACUUUAGGAGGCAGUACGCCAGGCGGAGGUGGAAGUUGUCAUUCAGGAUUGUGGCUUUGUGCAACCAUCUAACAAAGAUCAUGAAGAAGAACCAGAAGAUGCCUGAAGAGAACGGGAGGGAUUGUGAAAGCGACCAAGAGGAGGACAUUCUGAAGAGGAGGCCGAGGACCAGGAAGAGAAGCAGCACUUCCUGAGAAUGGACUAAA